GCGGUGCAGGUGUGGGCCAUUGUGAACAGUUGUGGUGCAGGUGUGGGUCAUUGUGAACAGUUGUGGUGCAGGUGUGGGCCAUUGUGAACAGUUGUGGUGCAGAGGAAGAUGGAGAUCAUUGGAUUACCAGCUGCAGAUGGACCACAACUACACCAGCUACAACAACAACAACUACACCAGCUACAACAACAACAACUACAGCAAGCUGAGUGUCAACAAGAAGGUCCACCAGAUAUCGACUACCACCAACAGUUUGCUGUGAGGCCACACCCACACGAAGGCCAUCACCACCAACUCACACUUCAUCACCAACACCCACAACACCACCACCAGGAAGCUCGCAGGGAUACAUACCCUUCAGCAGGAGAUAAGAAUCAGCUCCACGUCCCUCUAGGCACCUCCUCCUCCAACGAGGACGACUCGAAUAUCUGCAAGGAAGAGCAAACAUUGAGAAGGAACCACCGUAUACAACUAGAAGUUAAUAAUGUAAUAAUUAGACAACCAGAAAUUGAGACAGUUAUUGAUGCGAAGGUAGAGCUAGAAUACAGGAAACGUUCUGCGGACUUGGAGGUUCGACGCCUGAAACUAGAAAAGCUGCGCUCAACCAUCCUGCUGGACGACCUGCAGAGUCUGCAGCAGCUGCUGGCGGAGAGCCCCCCACUGGCCCAUGACACCCUCCUCUGUGAGCACGGUGGCGCAGCGGCACACCUGGCCUCGCAGGUGGGGCGGCCUCGGGUGCUCAGACACCUGCUCAACACUACACAUGUUGACCCCAACGCUACAGACUUCUACGGAGACACGGCACUGCACACUGCCACCAGGCAGGGCCAGGCAGAGGCCGUGGCAGCCUUGCUGGAGGGCCAAGCUGAUUCCACCAUCAAAGACCAACAGGGCAGGACAAUAGCACAGCUGGCGGCAGCUCUAGGGCACACAGCUAUCCUGAAGCAGCUGUGGCGCCACGAUCCACAGAUCCUGCACCAGGUGGACGCCAGAGGCGCCUCGCUGCUACAUUACAGCGCAGCCAAUGGCAGAGAAGCGACCUCGAAGUGGCUGGUGCGGCAGGGAGCGUCGAACUCAGGAAAGAGAGCAGAUGGAGUGAGGCCUCAUCAAUGUGCCCAAGCCAGGGAUCAGGACCGUCUGGCCGCCUAUCUGGCUCUAGCCUCCUCUAGCUCCGAUGUACUGGUGUGGUGGCUGGUGGGUUGGUGGCCUCUCAGACACCUGUCACUGGGGCUGUACAACUGGGCCAGCGGGUGUCACCGAGUCCAACUAUGCCACAUUGACGACCUGUUGAUAGAGAUGUAUAGAACACCUGUCAUGCAAGGCGGUCCUACCGCUAGUGAAAGACAGAUGUCAAGGGAACACGUAUCCAUGCACAGACAGCAACAGCUGCACGGACAUAAACAAUUGAUUGGACAGAUGCAACGGCAAGGAGAACAACAGUGUCAAAUGGAAGAACAGCUAGUGGGGAGAGAACACCUGAACAAACAAAUAACGAUAGACGAACAAAAACAGAGGCAUUUACAAGAACAUUUGCAUAGACCACAACGGAAGCACGAACAAAAAACAGGAAUUAAUCAAGAACAGCUGAACAGAAAAAGACAGUCACACGUGAUGAAUACACAAGAACAGCUGCAGACUGAAGAACAUUUGCAAAUUCAAGAACAAUUUUACGAACAAGAACAGUUUAACGAACAAGGACAUUCCAAUAUUCCAGAACAGCUAUGCGAGCAAGAACAUUUUCAUAUUGAAGAACAGCUGCGAAAACAACUACACGAAAAUGAACAACAACACCUAGGCAGACAAGAACAUUUGCAGAUAAGGGAUCAGGUGGACAGCGAAGAACAGCUGCACGUACAAGAACAGCUGCACAUAGAAGAACAGUCGCACAAACAAGAACAGCUGUACGUACAAGAACCGCUGCACGUUCAAGAUCAGCUGCACAUACAAAAACAGCUGCACGUUCAAAAACAGCUGCACCAACAAGAAAAACUGCACGAACAAGAACAGCUACACCAACAAGAACAGCUGCACCAACAAGAACAGCUGCACCAACAAGAACAGCUGCACGAACAAGAACAGCUGCACCAACAAGAACAGCUGCACGAACAAGAACAGCUGCACAUACAAGAACAGCUGCACGAACAAGAACAGCUACACCAACAAGAACAGCUGCACCAACAAGAACAGCUGCACCAACAAGAACAGCUGCACGAACAAGAACAGCUGCACAUACAAGAACAGCUGCACGAACAAGAACAGCUACACCAACAAGAACAGCUGCACCAACAAGAACAGCUGCACCAACAAGAACAGCUGCACCAACAAGAACAGCUGCACAUACAAGAACAGCUGCACGAACAAGAACAGCUACACCAACAAGAACAGCUGCACGAACAAGAACAGCUGCACCAACAAGAACAGCUGCACGAACAAGAACAGCUGCACCAACAAGAACAGCUGCACGAACAAGAACAGCUGCACCAACAAGAACAGCUGCACGAACAAGAACAGCUCCACCAACAAGAACAGCUGCACGAACAAGAACAGCUACACCAACAAGAACAGCUGCACCAACAAGAACAGCAGCACGAACAAGAACAGCUGCACCAACAAGAACAGCUGCACGAACAAGAACAGCUACACCAACAAGAACAGCUGCACCAACAAGAACAGCUGCACGAACAAGAACAGCUACACCAACAAGAACAGCUGCACCAACAAGAACAGCUACACCAACAAGAACAGCUACACGAACAAGAACAGCUGCACGAACAAGAACAGGUGCACCAACAAGAACAGCUGCACGAACAAGAACAGCUACACCAACAAGAACAGCUGCACCAACAAGAACAGCUACACCAACAAGAACAGCUGCACCAACAAGAACAACUGCACGAACAAGAACAACUGCACAAACAAGAACAGCUACACCAACAAGAACAGCUGCACCAACAAGAACAACUGCACGAACAAGAACAGCUACACAUACAAGAACAGCUGCACCAACAAGAACAGCUGCACUUACAAGAACAGCUGCACGUACGAGAACAGAUGCACAAACAAGAACAGCUGCACCAACAAGAACAGCUGCACCAACAAGAACAGCUGCACGUACGAGAACAGAUGCACAAACAAGAACAGCUGCACUUACAAGAACAGCUGCACCUACGAGAACAGAUGCACAAACAAGAACAGCUGCACCAACAAGAACAGCUGCACCAACAAGAACAGCUGCACGUACGAGAACAGAUGCACGAACAAAAACAGCUGCACGAACAAAAACAGCUGCACGAACAAAAACAGCUGCACGAACAAAAACAGGCGCCUGUCGACUUAACCAGUGAUCAGAACAUGGCGGCCGUGAUGGCGCUGGUCCACUGUCUCUACCACACCCGACCGCUACGCCACGGCUUCUCUCACCUCUCCUACAGGUAAGGAGGACUUCUCUCACCUCUUCUACAGGUAAGGAGGGUUACUCUCACCUCCUACAAGUAAGGAAGAUUUCACAAAACAUUCGAUUUUGAAGCGAAUCAACUAGGCUAUUGUCUCCGUAUAAACCCGAAACGCAUCGGACGUUUGUGCUAGGUUUCAAAUCUCAGUUCCAUUCCCUGACAUGCUGGCUCAAACCAGAGCCGAUAGGGCUCUGCGGCCAGCCACCACUAUGGAAUGUAUCUCUGGUAAGCCAAAGUCAGUUGCCUGG